CAAAAACCUCAUACCAGAAUACAAAGACAUUCUUCUACAGCACCAGCAGCGCUCAUUCUCCUGCAUCUUUGCAAUCCCAUCAUCAUCAUCACCAUCACAAUGCAGUUCACCACCGCUCUCUCCAUCCUGGCCAUUGCCACCACCGCCGUUGCUUCAGCCAUCCCCGCCGCUCAGGACAGCACUGCGUCUCUUGAGGCUCAGGUGAAGCAAGUGGCCGCUCAGCGGGGCACCUCUGAUGGCACCAUCAGUACCGUCACGGAGGCGCAAUGCAUCCCUCCCAUCUUGUGCUGUGGCUCCCUUACCACUCCCCUUGACCCUCUUGUCGACCCUAUUCUUCUGGACCUGGGCAUUGAUGCUUCCAACAUUGUUGGCUCCAUCGGUCUUCUUUGCAAGGACUACGACGACAGCUGCACAUCAGCUCCUCAGUGCUGCACUGAGAUCAACCUCUUGAACGGUCUUGUGGCUCUCGGAUGCUCUUCCCUGGAGCAGUAAAUGAUUGGAGACCUUAGAAGUCUGGGGCUAGUCUACAUGGCGUGAGGACUGUACUAUUAUCCUGUCGGACCUAUUGAGUCCGUCUGUUAGCGAUACUUAAUUUAAUAGCAUAUAUGGACUUUCGUUCUCAGCUUUCCCAUUAAGUCUUGUUU